AUGAAGAACAGGCGUUUGAGCAGCCGCUGUCACUCCGGGCAGCGUGUCGGCACCGACGUCAAGCGCGCCAAAGCCCAGAAGAGCCGGAUGGCUUUAGCAGUAGCUCAGCUGCUGGGGCAUGCUCGCGGGCUGUUUGCUGCCUGUUCCUCCGUGCUCGACGGUGGCGAGACGGCUUUCAAUGUAUUAUUAUACGAGAAUCUCUUCAUUAAUUUAAGUCUCUAUUUUCAUCGGCUAAGAGGCCAUGACGAUGAAAUACAUUGUCUGGCCUGGUGCCCUGUGCCUGGUGAAGAAAGGUUACCUGCUUGGCAAGAGGAGCUCCAAGUAGUUCCUUCAGAGGAAGGCAAAGUUCCAAAUGGGGAGCUGACACAGGACACGACCACGAAGAAAGGCUGCUACCUGGCUUCAGGAAGCAAAGAUCAGACCAUACGGAUAUGGAGCUGUACUAGAGGCAGAAGUGUGAUGACUCUGAAGUUGCCACCCACGAAGAGAAGAGGUGGAGCCGUUGAUCCCGCUGUUAAAGAGCGCAUUUGGCUGACUGUUCACUGGCCUCCGGGUCACCCCACAGAAAUUGUAUCCAGCUCUUUCGGGGGAGAACUGCUGCUCUGGGAUUUGACCCAGCCUGCAAAACGCAAGUGGACUCUUCUAGGAUCUUCAGAAGGACAAAAUCACUCCCGUAUUGUGUUCAAUCUGAGUUCUGUGAAGCAUCAAGACAAAGAGCUCCUUUUUUCCAUUUCAAUGGACCGAGAUGUGAAGUGCUGGGACCUAUCAGCUCUCGAGUGUAGCUGGACCAUGCCCUCACUUGGGGGAUUUGUCUAUAGUCUUGCCUUCUCCCCUGUGGACACAGGCUGCCUUGCUAUCGGUGUUGGAGACAGCAUGAUCAGGGUGUGGAAUACUUUGUCCGUGAACAAUAUUUACGAUGUUAAAACUUUCUGGCAAAGCAUAAAGUCCAAGGUUACAGCAUUAUCCUGGCAUCCAACUAAGGAAGGCUGCUUGGCUUUUGGAACAGAUGAUGGAAAAGUUGGCAUAUUUGACACCUUGUCCAGCAGUGCUAAGAAUAAACCACCUCAGAUCUCCAGUACUUACCACAAGAAGACUGUAUACGCAUUAGCCUGGGGGCCUCCAACUCCUCCUCUGUCUUCUGGAGGAGAAGGUGAGCAGCCUUCUGUAACUUUAUAUAGUUGUGCUGGAGAAGGUAUUGUUUUUCAACACAACCCCUGGAAGCUUAAUGGAGAGGCAAAUGACAUCAACAAAGUCAUCCGAGACACUAAUUCAAUCAAACACAAACUGCCUGCACACACAGAGAUCAGCUGGAAACCAGAUGGCAAACUCUUGGCUCUUGGCAAUGAAGAUGGCUCAAUUGAAAUAUUUCAGGCGCCAAACUUGAAGCUGCUCUGCACUAUCCAGCAGCAUCAUAAACUGAUUAAUGCUAUUCGUUGGCAUCAUGAGCAUGGGAGCCAGCCAGAGCUGAGUUACUUGAUAGCUUCAGGCUCGAUCAAUGCCACUAAAUCUUGUUUUAAGAGCACUUCAGAAAGUCCUUUGACAAUAACAGAGCCUUUUCGAACUCUGGCUGGGCACACAGCUAAAAUCACAAGCCUUUCUUGGAGCCCCCACCAUGAGGGAAGAUUGGUAUCUGCGUGCUAUGAUGGCACUGCACAGGUAUGGGAUGUUCUGAAGGAAGAGCCCCUCUGCAACUACCGAGGGCACCAGGGCCGGCUACUGAGUGUCCAGUGGUCACCAGUGGAUUCAGAUUCUGUUUAUACAGGAGCAGAUGACUUUUCAGUUCACAAAUGGCAGAUCUCAAAGCAGGAGCAUACACGGCCUCCUCAGGGUAAAAAGAGUAUAGAAUUAGAGAAAAAAAGAAGCAUGCAACCAAAAGUGAAAACCAAGAAGAAAAAGCCUACAGGAAAGAGUCCAGCCAAGCAGGAUCUAAGUGAUGCUGUGAAUGGAGAUGAGAGCACAAAGGAAACGUUGCUAGAGGAAAAUGGAGUGUCGGAACAUGAAGGAGGAAAAGCUCAGGAGGCAGAGUUGCCUGAUAAAGGCUCCAUGACUGUGUCCAAGGAUACAUCUUCAUCUGCAUGUGACUAUUCUUCAUUCAGCUUGCCAAAGCCUUUUGUAACCCAGAAAGCCACUCCUGUGAAAAAGGAUCCACCUAAAGAGAAACCAAUUCCUGAUGCCUCUCUGAAAAAGAGGAAACCUCGUUCUAUUCUACCCUUCAGCACAUUCAUGGAUCACCGGUCAAAAGAUGAAUUGCACCAGGACUGCUUGACCCUGGCUACAUGUCUGAAAACGAAAGAUAAUGAUGAUGUGUCCCCUGACCUCAAGGAUCGCAUCCACUUGGGGCUGUUCACAGAUAGGGCUUCUCUGCACAAGAUGAUUGAUAUGGAAGGGAAGCAUCACUUGGAGAAUGGACAUCCAGAGCUCUUUCAGCAGCUCAUGUUGUGGAAAGGAGAUAUGAAGGGUGUCCUCCAGGCAGCUGCUGAGAGGGGAGAGCUGACAGACCAGCUUGUAGCAAUCUCACCCAUGGUUGGGUAUCAGGCCUGGGUUUGGACAGUAGAAGCCUUCGCGAAGCAGCUGUGUUUUCAGGAGCAGUAUGUGAAAGCUGCCUCCCAUCUCCUGUCCAUCCAUAAAGUGUAUGAGGCUGUCGAGCUCCUGAAAGUGAACCAUUUUUACAGGGAAGCAAUUGUAAUUGCUAAGGCCAGGCUGCGUCCAGAAGAUCCAAUUCUGAAGGAACUCUACACCAGUUGGGCAGCUGUGUUAGAGAAAGAUGGUCAUUAUUCCAUGGCCGCCAAAUGUUAUUUGGGGGCUUCCUCACCCUAUGAUGCAGUUAAGGUGUUGGCAAAAAAGGGGGAUGCGACAUCCCUUAAAACUGCUGCUGAGCUUGCGCUGAUAUCUGGAGAGGAGGAGUUGUCAGCAACUUUGUCUUUCAGAUGUGCCCAAGACCUGCUGUUAUCCAGGAACUGGGUGGGAGCUCAGGAAGUCCUUCAGCAACAUAAAACUUUAUUUGGACAAAGACUUGUUUUCUGCCUUAACGAACUGCUUUGCAAGUGCCUUAGUGAAAGACAUCCCUGUGACCAAAAGAGCCCCAUGCCUCUUUGUUAUCACAACUGGGAGCUGAACAGAGAGGCCUCAUUUCUUGACAUGGUGAUAGAAGUGUGGCAGAAUGUACUGGGCAUGGACACCACUGAACAAGCAACGUGUGCACAGGAGCAGCUGCGCAGUAUUGAGCAUCCUCCUUCGACCAGCAACACGCACCCAAAGCAGGUGCUUUUCCAUAUCUCCCAUGACCUGACCCUUGCAGCCCUGAGCUAUCAGACUGCUGCCUGGGAUGAGGCAGUGAAAAGUAUUCUUGGAGCUGUGACCCGCAGUUAUGAUGCUGGUAACUUCACCCUGAUGCAAGACAUUUGCAGUAUCAUCCUUCCUGAAGGUUGUGAUAACCUGAGACACAAACUGGACAACACAGAUUCUCAGGGCAUGGACGCCUGCAGAAGUUUAGAGGGCUUUGUGGCUUACAGACUGCUGUACGACCUGUGGUGGAACCCACCCAAAGACUCCCUUGUCUUGCAGAAGGCAGGUUUGGAUCCUGUGCUGUGUCCCAGUGAGCAGACAGCUCUUGAGAAUAGCUACAUUUCAGGUCACUCCUCCCCUGAAGAAACUCCUCAUCAGACUGCAGCUGAGAUGGAUGAAAACCUCUGCAAUACAACUGAAGCUCAUAGGUGUGAGACAGAAAGCGAUUCAAGAACUAGCUCAGUCGAUUUGGUAGACAGACAGUCAAAACUGAAUGGCUGCAAAGUGCUGCUUUCAGAAGAGACUGCUGCUCUACAGAACACCCAGAGAGACAUAGCUGAGGUCCAGCAGAUCUUAGCAGAUAUGAUCCACCAGCAUCAGCAGCAGAGGAACAAUCUCCAGGAAAACACGAAUGGAAGCACCCAGGAAAGCAACCCGCAGCAGAGUUCAGAGACUGAAUUGGACAAACCAUGCUCUGACAGCAACCAGAUGAAUUGUAAAGAUGAAGUAAAGGAACCCAUUACGCUCCCUGAGCUAACGAAGCAGCUUCUAAAAGCAAAGCAGAAACUAGCAGAAUUUCCAGACAAUUUAAAGAUGUUCCCGUUCCCCGAUGUGCUGGAGUGCUGCCUUGUUCUCCUUCACACUGGAUCCCAGUGCCCUCCGGAACUACACCGACAGGCACUGGAUCUCCUCAGGAAACACGGCAGCGCCAGUAUUUACAAAAAGGCUGGCAUGAAGUUCUUGACGUGA